AUGAGGUGGGACAAUAUGAGCUGUGCGUCUGAGUUCCUCCUCUUGGGGCUCCCCAGCUGGAGAGAGAAACAGGACCUAUAUUACGCCCUUUUUCUGACCAUGUACCUGACCACGGUUCUGGGGAACCUGCUCAUCAUCCUGCUCAUCAGGCUGGACUCCCGCCUCCACACCCCCAUGUACUUCUUCCUCAGCCACCUGGCUCUCACUGACGUCUCUUUCUCUUCAGUGACAGCCCCAAAGAUGCUCUUUAACAUGCAGACACAGAGCCAAUCCAUCUCCUACGCUGGGUGUGUAUCUCAGGUGUAUUUCUUUCUACAAUUUGGGUGUUUGGACAACCUCCUUCUCACCUCCAUGGCCUAUGACAGGUACGUGGCCAUCUGUCACCCCCUCCACUACACCACCAUCAUGAGUCAGAGUUUAUGUUUCUUGUUGGUAAUGAUGUCCUGUAUCCUGUCCUCUGCAGUUGGCCUCUUGCACACCCUCCUCUUGGCCCGUCUCUCUUUCUGUGGAGAUAACAUUGUCCCCCACUUCUUCUGUGAUCUUUCUGCCUUACUUAAGAUGUCCAGUUCAGAUACCACAGUGAAUGAACUGGUGAUCUUUACGGCAGGGGUAGUGGUCAUUACUGUGCCAUUUAUGUGCAUUCUGGUCUCUUAUGGGCGGAUUGGGGCCACCAUCCUGAGGGUUCCCUCUACCAAGGGGAUCUUCAAAGCUUUGUCCACCUGUGGUUCACACCUCACUGUCGUGUCUCUCUACUAUGGAUCAAUUAUUGGACUCUAUUUUUUGCCCUCAUCCUUUAACUCCAAUGAGAAAGAUGUCAUCGUGGCUGUGCUCUACACUCUGGUGACGCCCAUGCUAAAUCCCUUCAUCUACAGUCUGAGAAAUCGUGAUAUGAAAGGAGCUCUGGGAAAUGUUCUUAACAGAAUAAUGUUUUCACCAAGAUGA